AUGUGGAGCCCACCCAGAGAGGGGAGUGUUCGAAUCACGGGCGGACAGCCGGCUGGGGUGGGCCAGUUCCCGUACCAGGCCCUCAUCGUCUCCGACGAUGUCGAGAUGUGGGGCGGCUCGCUCAUCACCAGGAAGGCGGUUCUCACCUCCUCGGGGUGCACCAUCGGGCGCCAGAAAUUCGUCGUCCGCCUGGGAGGCAUCCAUAGGACUGAGACGGAGAGCACCGCCUGGAUCGUGGAGUCCAGCUGGGCCCUGACGCACCCGGACUUCAGCAUGUUCGCCUACUACAGCCACAGCGUGGCUGUCGUGUAUCUGCCCGAGGAAGCUCCUCUGAACAGUUUCAUCGGCCUCGUGGCGCUACGUUCGCCUCUCGAGGUCAACGACACCUUCGUGGGAGAAAACGCGAUCAUCGCCGGCUGGGGAUGGCCUUCUCAAACUGGAGACGCUUCAGAGACUCUUCAGUGGACCGAUGUGACGGUUGUUCCCAACAAAGUAUGUGAGCAGUUCUACGAAUCAGGCGCCGUUAUUGAAAGCACACUGUGUGCCGGAAACGAGUACACUGGCUCAUGCUGGGGGGACCUCGGCAGCCCGCUUGUUGUCAAGACCGGCGGAGGCUACAAGCAGAUCGGGGUGUCCAGCUUCCUUCCGGAGGGGGAAGGCUGUGACGUGGCCGGGGCAGCCGCUGCCUACGUCAGAAUCACCUCCGUCCUCGACUGGAUCACCAGCAACGCCAUUAGCGUUUAG